CAAACCUGAAGAAAGGCUUUUUAGAAGAAAUCUGCUUCGGUAUUUAUGGUUCAGUGAAAAUGAACCAAGCCGCCAUGCAUCAAAACGGCCCAUCGGCACCACCAUACGACACUGUAUACGACUCGGGACACGUUUACAGAAUAAGUGGAGGUCAUGUCGAGAACACGUCCCCAGCACAGAACGUUAUGGCUGAACCAAGGGGAGCAGCUCGACCUCAACGUCAGGUAAGACGACAAACCCGUAGACGGGUGCCGAGAAUGGAAUCGACUCGAAAACGCCAUCAGCGACAGCAAUCAGGACAAGUCAGCCUGUGCGUUAAAUAUGGCAUAUUUUUUUACAAUCUGGUCUUCUGGAUCGUCGGUACCGCCUUGCUGGCGUUUGGAACUUGGGGCUUAGUGACGAAGGGGACCAGUGUUGACGAGAUCAUCGGCGGGUUCAUCGACCCUAUGUGGUUUAUCGUCAUCAUCGGGGCAUUCAUCUUCAUCAUCUCGAUGGCUGGCUGCAUUGGCGCUCUCAGGGAAAACACAUGUCUGCUAAAAUUCUUUGCCAUAAUUCUGAGCAUCAUUAUGCUGGCUGAGACCGCCGUAGUGGUGUUGGCUUUUGUUUACAAAGAACAAGGCAAUAUAAUUGGUGGUUGGAUCGAUCGCGCCAUUGUCGAUUAUCGGGACGACCCCGAUACACAGUUCUUAUUGGAUCAAAUGCAGAUUGAUUUGAAAUGCUGCGGAUCAACUCAUCCCAAUGAUUGGGACAACAACCCAUACUUCAAUUGUUCAUCUCCGGCGGUGUCCGCGUGUGGCGUGCCGUACUCGUGUUGUAUAAAACCAGAGGGCGAACUCGUCAACUACCAAUGUGGCUAUGGACGGUUACGAGAAAAGCCAGACCACGAGUGGAUAGGAGUGAUCCAUGUACAAGGGUGCGCAGUGUCCAUCGAGCAAUGGAUGAACCAGAAUUUGGUCAUUAUAUGUGCUGCGAUUGGUGGAAUUCUCUUGGUGCAAGCGGUGUCCAUUUGUUUCGUUAAAAGUCUGAUUCACGACAUCAGAGAAAUUAAGUCUCAUUGGCGUGUAGUAUAGAUACGCCGCGCCCUCUGUUGGCGGAAUUUCUAAGACUUAACUGCAAG